AUGUCGACGAUACAGAACCUCAAGAACUUCAUCCGGCACGGCAAGCAGGCGCGGGAUGGACGCUCACCGCCGGACACGGCAACCACACAUGUCUCCAACGUCCACGCCCAGCAGAAAGGCUUCAACUAUGGCGGUGGUGCAGCUCAGCAACAACACGAUCAGUAUGGUAUAAGCGACCCAAACGUAUACGGCCAUAAGCCCCUCCAAGCGAAUGCACCACACCAGGAUUACUCGGCAGCAGCGGUAGACAACCGACAUGUCGCCGCCAAAGCCGGACACGCCGCCGCCGAUGCCGUGGAGCAGAAGCAGAAGCGGGAGGCGAGAGAUAAGGAGUACGACAGCUCGGUACUGGAACGCAUCGUCGCCGAAGAGCGAGAGAGCAAGGGCAAGCUGCCCAAGUAUCCCGGUCUGGAGCGAUGGACGCUCAUCGAGAAGAUGGGUGAUGGCGCCUUCAGCAACGUCUACCGAGCCCGGGACAACAACGGCCAAUACGCCGAGUGUGCCAUUAAGGUGGUACGGAAAUUCGAGAUGAAUUCUACACAGCGUGCGAAUAUCUUGAAGGAAGUCCAGAUCAUGCGACAGCUGGAUCAUCCUAACAUUGUGCAACUGGUCGACUUCUCCGAGAGCCGACAAUACUACUUUAUCAUUCUGGAGCUGUGUCCCGGUGGCGAGCUCUUCCAUCAGAUUGUGCGGUUGACGUACUUCAGCGAGGACCUUUCACGACAUGUCAUUUUGCAAGUUGCUGAGGCAUUAGAGUACUUGCAUGAGGAGGCUGGCGUUGUGCAUCGCGACAUCAAACCAGAGAACCUGCUUUUCUACCCGACACCUUUUAUACCGACCAAGCAUCCCAAGCCCAAGGCACCCGAGGAUGAAGACAAGGCCGAUGAGGGCGAGUUCGUCCGUGGUGUCGGUGCCGGUGGCAUUGGUACGAUCAAGAUUGCCGACUUUGGUCUUUCAAAGGUCAUCUGGGACAGCCAGACUAUGACACCUUGCGGUACUGUUGGUUACACUGCACCCGAGAUUGUGAAAGAUGAACGCUACUCGAAGAGUGUCGACAUGUGGGCGCUUGGAUGUGUGCUCUACACGCUACUAUGCGGUUUCCCACCCUUCUACGAUGAGAGCAUUCAAGUCUUGACCGAAAAGGUCGCACGCGGUCAAUAUACCUUCUUGUCACCAUGGUGGGACGACAUCUCGAAGUCGGCACAGGAUCUGGUCACGCAUCUUCUUACUGUGGACCCGGAGAAGCGAUACGAUAUAAAGCAGUUCCUGAACCAUCCCUGGAUCCGAGAGGCCAACGAACCUACCUACGCCGCGCACGACGCGCCCCCCCUCGCCACUCCCCUCUACAUGCGCUCAGGCGGCAUGUCAGCAGGCGACAAGGGCCAAUCACCCCUAAAGCCCGACUUCGCCUACCUCGACGAAACACCCGGCGCAGGUCGACGUCAAGACUUCCGCUCCCCCGGCGCCGUCAACCUCCGCGAGAACUUCGACGUCGUCUACGCCGUGCAUCGCCAAGAAGAAGAAGGUAAACGCCGCAAGAACUUCAAGCAAGGUUACCGCGGCGGCAACCCCAUGGCCUCUCUCAACGCCUUGGAUGAAGACUACGACGAAGACGACGAGUUCAACAACGAAGGCCAACCUUACUCCAGCGCCACGAACCCGCCCGCUAAAGUCCCCAAGUCCGCGGGCGGCGCGGCCGAUGUAGCAGGCAUGGAACGCCAGAUGAAGAACACGAAUCUCUCCGCCGCGGCACAAGCGCGACAGCAGGCCGCGCCCGCUCCUGCAUCUAGGGCUGCUCCGGCAGCGAAGGGAUACGGACAGCAUUCCCCCGAGGUGGCGGCGGCGGCGAAACGGCAGGUGAAGAAUAAGGCCGGAACGUUCGAGUUGAGUCUGGAUAAUGCGACGUUGAUUGGGCGGAGGGGGAAGAAGGGGCCGGUGCCGAGUAGUCUAAGGGAGCAGAUGGUGCAGUGA